AUGAUGGACGAUUAUCAACAGUUAAAAAGUAAAUAUGAAAGAUUAUGUGUGGAAUUCAAAAAGCUUCGUUCAAAGUAUAAAACGUUAAAAGACAAUGAAAAUGAAUUAAACCAACAACUACAGGAGAAACUAUUACAAAAAGAUUUAUAUAUUGAAAAAUUAAAACAAGAAAUUGAACAAUUAAAAGUAAAUAAUCAUAAUAUUUCUAUUAAUGGAAUUACAAAUGAAAAUUCAACGAAAUUAUCAUUAUUACUUAAUAAUAUUAACAAGAAUAAUGAUCAUUCAAGUCUUAUUGAUACUGUCAAUGUAAAUGAAGUGGUAAAGAAAUCUAUCAUUACUCAGGAAGUAAAUAAUAAUUUGCAUCAAACGACACUAUCAGAUGCUUCUUAUACACCUAUCCAUAUCACAAAACAUAAUUCAUUUCCCAUGGUAACUAAUGAUAAUUCAACAAAUUCGAUUCUAUCAUCUCCCACUAAUAUUUGUCAUGAUAUUAUUGUGGAUACCUAUAAUAAAUCAUCCAGUUUAAAUUUACUUCCAUCUAAAUCUUUAUUAUCAUCGUUAUCAUCAAAAUUACCAUCUUCAUCUUCAUCAUCAUUUCUAUCUGAAGACACAUUAAUGAUAACAAAUACAACAAUAUCUAUCCCUACAACUUCUACUCCUAGUACUACUACCACUACUACUCCUACUUCUACUCCUAGUACUACUACUUCUACUUCUACUCCCAGUACUACUACUCCUAUAUCUACUCCUAGUACUACUAUUACUACUACUACUUCUACCCCCAGUACUACUACUUCUACUCCUAGUACUACUACUUCUACUUCUAUUCCUAUUUCUACUCCUAGUACUACUACUACUACUACUUCUACUCCCAGUACUACUACUACUACUACUUCUACUCCUAGUAUUACUACUUCUACUUCUACUCCUAUUUCUACUCCUAGUACUACUACUACUACUUCUACUCCUAGUAUUACUACUUCUACUUCUACUCCUAUUUCUACUCCUAGUACUACUACUACUACUACCCUUAAUCUUUCAUCUUCUUAUGAUCAAGAUUGGACAUUCAUUGUAAAUACAGAAGAGAAAUUAAUUGAACAAUUUGUACAAUUAUUAAAUAAUUGGAUCAAUUCAUUAAAAACAAAUCAAAAUUUAUCAUUUAUAAAUAAAGAAAAAAUAGAUCCUAUUCUUAUGAAUCGUAUUACACAAUUAGAAAGUCAAUUAUGCGAAAUUUCAUUACAAUAUCAAUUGGAACGUAAACGUCGAUUAAAAGAACAAUCACAGUCCGAAACAAAAGACGACGCUAAGCCUAUUGUUCACAAUAGUCAGGUGAGUGAUUCAAACGAUCCUGAACAAUUAUCUAAUAGUAGUAAUGGAAAAUCUGAUGAAACUCCUAAUCCACAUAAAGUAAUAAUGAAACGUUUACAUAAAGCUAUUGAAGAAUCAAUUUAUUUCGCUUCAAGAGCUAAUCUCUUACAGGAUGAAUUAGAAUCUUUUAUCCCAUGGAUAUUACAACUUCUUCAUUUACAUCAAAAACAACAAUAUGAAAUGAAAACAAUGAAACAAUAUAAUGAACAAUUAAAACAACAAUUAGAAUUAAUUAAAACAAAUACAAUCAAACAAAUUAAUGAAAUGGCUAAACAUAUAAAUAAUUUAACUGAAGAAUUACAAACAAUUCGAUUAAAUUCAUUAACAAAUCAUCAUUCUCAUAAUAGUUUUAAUAAAGAACAACAACAACAACAAUCAAAUUGUUUAUCACUUCAUUCAAAUGAUAAUCAAGUUAAGAAAACUACAUUAUUUAAUGUAUUGAGAAAAUGAUCUGUUGUGUGUAUAUAUACACCUUCCAUAUUGCCUCCAUUCAUUUUAACAACUCACGUAAUCAUCAUAAAUAUCAAUCCAAUUUCAAUCGAUUAUAUCCCAAUAUGUAUAUUAACAGAUAUCAUUAUGAUGAUUCGAUAUAUAUAUAUAUAUAUGGUUUAUUUCUUUUCUUGUCUCUAUUGUACUAUCUGUAAAAAAGGGAUUGGAUUCAUUGUGUCUGUGUCUGUGUCUCUGUGUGUAUGUACUAUAAACCCCUAUUUUAUUGAUUAUUGAUUAUGUAACAUUAAAUUUUUUCUUAUUGUUUUCAUAUUUAGAUAAACAAAUUAUUGUAAAACACAACAGCAGCAACAACAACAGAUUUUUCAGUUUUUCUAUAAUCAUGUUUUUCAUUAACAAUAUUUAAAUAGUUUUAAGAGAAAGAGAGGGGGGGAACUUCUUUAAAAAAUAAAAAAAAAAUUUUUCUCGUUGCCAAGUUUUGUUUCUAUUUAAAAAUAUUAUUCUGAUAUUUAUUGAUUAGCAGGAUUAAUUUUGUUUAUCUUUUUUCUUUUAAAAAAUUUAUUUGAUAAAAGAAUUAAAAUUUUAUUCUAAAAAAAUAUACGAUUUUUUCAACUUGGAAACUUAAUAAUUG